AUGGGUGAGGGAGCACAAAGGAUUAGUUGGUGGGGACUGCAAGUGAGUGGGCGGGAGAGUGAGUCUUCAGUGAGUGAAUGCUUGUUUGAGUCCGAGAGACAGUUGAGUAAACUGGGUGGACUGGAGAGUGAAACUGAAUGUGUGGGUGAGUAUGAGUACUCGAGUGGACGAAUUGCAGAUGUGGUGAGCCUGCUCUACCUGAGCUCUGUGCGCUUCGUUGCCGGUGGUGGGCUGCAGGGCCGCUACUCCACACAGUACGUCCACCUCGGCCGCCGCCAGCUUCGACCCCAGUCCCGGGCGAGCCGGCCUGGACGCUGCGCCGCCGCGGGCAGCGAUGCGCAGAGGGUCCGCGCCGCCCCGGGGCCGCCGUGCGGCACCAUGAAGCUCCGCAGCAAGGCGGCAGCGCUGCUUCUGCUCGCGCUGGCCGUGCUGCUGCUGGCUCUGCUGUCCUUGCGCGCCCGCCAGGACCUGGAGCCCCCUGGGUUCCCUGCGCGUCCCGAGGCUGCCCCUCAGGGCCACCACGCGCCGGUCCCCACGCUCCCUCCGGAGCCCCGCGCCUUUCCCGGAGCCGCUGGCCCGCGCUUCCCCAGGCGCCGGCCCCCGCGUCUGCGACCCGGAGCGGGCCGCCCGCGCGCCGCCAGCCGCGGGAAGUUGGCGAGGUGUUGGGAACAUUGGGGCAGCAUCCUCUUGUCUCGAUCCGAACAAAUUGGCUCUGACUUGCAGGAGAUCAUGAAUAGAAUCCCAAUGGGUGCUAUUGAGAAGGAAUAUUGCCACAGGCAACAAGAUCCCGGAAGCCAUUUUUCUUUUGAACAUAUCUCUUGGAUGAUCAUGGAAAUGAUGUGCAACGCCACAGGAAUAAAGAACUACUUCACAAACUCUGGAAAGGGGGUGGGGGGAAGCCCUGUCAUUCGGCUUGUUUUUCCUCUUUCUAGGAGGUCUGGGGAAGUGAGGAGUUUGCACUCCGUGCCACCUGAGCUCUGGAUUCACUUGGCCGUGGUGGCCUGUGGCAACCGGCUGGAGGAGACGCUGGUCAUGCUCAAGUCAGCCGUGCUCUUCAGCCACAGGAAGAUGCGCUUUCACAUCUUCACAGAGGAUGCUCUGAAGCCCGAGUUUGAUAAACAGUUGCGCCAGUGGCCAGACUCAUAUACAAAGAAGUUUGAGCACAAACUCUACCCUAUCACAUUUUCGGUCGGAAACCCUCAGGAAUGGAAGAAACUAUUCAAACCCUGUGCGGCCCAGAGACUCUUUCUUCCGGUAAUCUUAAAGGAUGUGGACUCACUUCUCUACGUGGACACUGACGUCCUCUUUCUGCGGCCCGUGGACGACAUCUGGAAGCUUCUUAGGCAGUUUAACUCCACCCAGCUCGCUGCUAUGGCCCCAGAGCAUGAAAUCCCUAAGAUUGGCUGGUACAGCCGCUUUGCCCGGCAUCCUUUCUACGGCUCUGCUGGGGUUAACUCAGGGGUCAUGCUCAUGAACUUGACUCGCAUAAGAAGUACCCAGUUCAAGAACAGCCUGAUUCCAACAGGUCUGGCUUGGGAGGAGAUGCUGCUCCCGCUGUACCAGAAGUAUAAGAACGCCAUCACGUGGGGAGAUCAGGAUUUAUUAAAUAUUAUUUUUUAUUUCAACCCAGAGUGUCUCUACGUGUUCCCCUGCCAGUGGAACUACCGGCCUGAUCACUGCAUGUAUGGAAGCAACUGCAAAGAGGCUGAGCGGGAAGGUGUGUCUGUCCUGCAUGGCAACCGUGGCGUCUACCAUGACGACAAGCAGCCCACUUUCCGAGCGCUCUAUGAAGCAAUCCGGGAUUUUCCCUUUCGAGACAAUCUUUUCCAGUCUAUGUACUACCCUCUGCAGCUGAAGUUUUUGGAGACGGUGCACACCCUGUGCGGGCGGAUCCCCCAGGUUUUUCUCAAGCAGAUUGAGAAAACGAUGAGAAGAGCUUACGAGAAGCACAUCGUCAUCCACGUGGGCCCCAACCCCAUGAGCUGAGCGUCCUCUCGCGCUGUUAGCCAGCCUGGUGUCUGUGACCCGGGACGUGGAUGCUUACGCGGACUGGAUAUUUGUGUGUGAAUAUUUAAUGGUGCUCUGUGACUGUUGAAGUUCAAAAGCCUGAUUAUAUUUUGCUAAGUUAAUUAUCCCUAGAAGGGAAUGUGCUUCUCCUUAUUUUCUCCUGACAUCCUAUUUAUCUUUUAUUUUUCAAGUUAUUUUAUGAAUUUAACAUUGUCUCAGUGGGUUGAGAGAGGAAGGGGAACGUUUUUCUAGCUCUCGAAUAUGAGCCCCUGUCAUUAUGUGCAGCUAUCAUAAUAAUCUGGAUUUCUUGA